UAUAUAUAGGAAUGAAUUCCGAGAAUCCGGAAAUGGAGGAAAAUGUUUCGGAGGAUCCAGAAAACAUUACAUUGGUGCCUCCCGAGGAACGAACUGCUAAAGCGAGAUGCACAAUCAGAACAACGCGUAUCAAGCAGGAACAAGAGUCCGAAGAUGAAGCGGAAGAGGUGCAGAGAGCGAUCGCGAACGCAGACCACAAAAAUGUUUACAUGAUGGAACUUACUAGCAACAAUUCCACUCAAGGGGAAUCAUUGAAACUGCAGCCUAUGGGUGACACAAUAGUUGAUGCAAAUCCAGAAUUGAAAGUGUUCAAAUGUGAUAAAUGUCCGAAAGCGUUUACCCGGAGAAUAAUGCUGAAAAGUCAUCAGUCUGUACACUCCACACAGAGAGGUUUCACAUGUCAAGCUUGUGAAAAAUGGUUCCCGACAAGAUCUGCGCUGGUGAGACAUGAACGUACACAUACAGGUUAGUGUUACUUCAUAUUAACUUUGC